AUGACUGAGGAAGGUAACGUUACUAUACUUAGCAGGAAUGAGAGAAGAUCGAGGGAGAAUCUCAUGAAGCUUGGUUUGAAGCCAGUCAGUGGUGUCAAUAGGGUCACCUUUAAGAAGAAAGACAAUCAAAUAUUUGCAAUCAAUAAUCCCGACGUUUUUAGGUCUGUUAGUGGUAAUUACGUCGUGUUUGGGGAGGUCACAGUCGACAAUUUUGCUCAGAAACUCGCAGCUGUCCAGAAGGAAGCACAAAGCUCUGGAAUAUUCCCCACGGCCACUAAAUCCACAGAAGAGAUUGCCCAAGAUAUUGGGGUGUUCAAAGAGGAAAAGGGAAAUGAAGAAAUGGAAGAGGCCGCUGUCGAGGCAGUCCAAGACGCAGAGGAAGAUGUGGAUAUUGGUAACUUGCCCCCGGAAGACGUAGACUUAGUUAUGCAACAGGCUAACGUUUCGAGAAGUAGAGCCAUAAAGAUGCUCAAGGAAAAUAACGGAGAUCUUAUCAGUGCUAUUAUGGCAGCAUCUAGUUAA